UUUACAGGCCGUUGAAUAGUCGACUGAUCCUACGGAUCAAAAAUGGUCCCGUUUUGAAUGAAAAUUUAACUGUUAUUAUUUUAUUUUAUUUUAUUUUUCUUGCUUGCGUGUGUGGGAGUAGCGAAGCUACUUCAAAACAUCACCCCAAAGCUGAUCAUAACAGUAAAUAGUGAGGGAAGCGAACGGCGUAAUACAAUCCCCGAAUAACUCGCUCACCACGCCGCAUCGCAAACCUUAUUCUUAUUCUCCCCAAUCCCCCUCGUCUCCUCCUACAUCCCAAGAUUAAAAUUUAAAAAUAAAAAAAAGAGGAAAAGGAAAAGAAAAUGGGAACCCUAAGGAGCGGGGUGGCUAGGGUUUUGGGGAACAAGGAGAACGUGAUCCACGCGCUCCUGCUGGGCACCUUCGUGGUGCUAGGGUUCCGGUCGGAGGAGCAGCAGCGGCAGAUCGAGGCGCUGGAGGCGGAGAGGUCGUCCCUCCGCGCCGCCAACUCCGCCAUGUCCGCCGCCAUGUGGUCGUGGCGCGAAACCCUCUUCCGCCUCGCCGACUCCCCCCCGCCGCACCCCAUCUCCCUCUCCCGCCUCCGCGCCAUCUACGGCGAGGACGAACCCCCCAUCCCCCGCGCCGCCGAUGAUCGCACAGGUUCGGGAGGAGAUGAUGAGGAAGAAUCGAUUUCCAUAUCUUAGUUUUAUUUCUAAAUCUCGCCUUCUUUCUAAGUUGAAAAGGGUGGUUGCAGCCAUUCCUCGUGUUGACGGCAUGUAUCAAAGAACGAUGGCUUGUUGUAAGCCACUUGGAAAAUUUUGACAUAAAGUUGCAGUAAAUUGAGUUACUCUGUGAACUUGUUAUAUUACACUGGAAUCAUCUUGCUAUGGUCUCCAUAAUCAGAAGUUCUAGUGAUUACUUGUGGUGCUUCCCCGAUCUCGCCUCUUUGGGGGAUUUUCUCCUUUUUUCAUGUAUUUUAUAAUGUGAUCCUUUUGUUUUAGUC